AUGUCUAGCCUGCAGUCUAUCAUGAACCUGGACGAGGACCAACCGGACGCCUCCAGCCCUAUGGAUAAAAAGGAUAAGGACUCUGCAACUCCCGCUUCCGGACUCCGAGCUCGUGGUCCUCCAACCUCCUCGACACCCUCUGGUCACGUCAUCCGUCCUGACCUACAACAACAUCCCCCCUCGACCUUCACGCCUCCCACUCUAAGAAUCCCCAUCGCCGCCGCCGCCGCCAACGACGACGACGAGAGCAGCAACCCCUUCUACAACCACCCAGCCCAACAACAACAAUCACAGCACCACACUCCCUCCCAGGACCUCACAGCAACACUUCACAACCUUCACUACUCGCAAGGGCAGAGGCCGGUGGAGCCCAGCUCGAGUAUCCCUACCCUCUCGGUGGCCUCGUCCGGCCCAUCAGAUCUGCGCCGCCAGAGCAGUACUAGUGUGGACUCCAUGGAUCACCAACACGGCUAUGGAUCCGCGGCGUCUUCGUCCUCCAUGGGUGGAGGGGCUGGCUCUGGAGGUUAUCCUCCUAACCAUCCACGACGGCCCAUGGGAAGCCCAGGCCCAGAAAUUCCCAUCAAGUUGACUCCCAUCACCGGGAGGGUUAGCCGUGCGAAGAAGGGAGUCCCCGUCCACAUCUGUGACAUAUGCACUCCCCCAAAGACCUUCACAAGAGCCGAGCAUCUCAGUGACCAAGAGGGAGACAGAGCCUCGCAAAGUGGAGAUAGUGGCCGUCGCGACUCCAAGGACUCAACGCUGGAAGGGCCCAUGACCGGCCUUACGGUUCGCGGCCUGUCAUCGAACUUGGCAUAUCCAUCUUCCUCCCAAGGAGGCUUUCACGGCGCGUCAACACCCUCGUCAAGCUCAGCACCGGCCACUCCUCCCAUAGGAAGCGGCACGGGCUCGACCAUGUCACCGCCUCCGGGGAGUAGUGAACAGUACGGUUCCUCAUCCAGCCACCAGGGGACAGGCCACUACCGCUAUGUCGGCAUGCCCGUUAUGACCCACCAAUCCGGCAGCAUGAAGGCCUCAUCCGACCCGCCAAGCUUUGCAGAGAUGGAAUAUUUGCAGCAACCCAGGACGUACCCAAUACCGCGUUUCGUCCCCACACAGGGCCUAUCGCCAUCUACGGCAUUGCCAACGGCACUGGACCAGACUCCCGACCUGAUCCAUUCGGGAUGGACCUCAUCUGGCGAUGACAAUUACUCAACCCCUCCUGAGGUAUCUACGCGUCGGUCAGACUGGCGCCAUACCUCUCAGCACAACCUCGAGUGGCCAGCGAAUUCCAACCUCUUGUCACAAUUUGCCACUGGUGGCAGGCAGGAGAUCGACACAAGCGGCGGAGGCAUAGGGACAAUGGCUGGGUCUUACUACGUGCCCACGGCGGGCUUCCCAAGCUCGCCUCAUAUGGCUUCGGUGUCUCAGAGCUACCACGCUCUUCUGAGCGACCCGCUCAUGAGUACUUUCACCGACGAGCAUGCCCAGUCACUCUUGGAUCCCGCCAUCACCGCGCAACACGCCAUCGACCAGCGGACAUCCUCAGUGCGUAGACACACUCCUGAAACUUCCAUCUCGACGUCGGGGCAAGCGGCUGACACCCUAGUCACGCCAGCUCCUCUACCACAUAGGAUAAAUUCCGUGGCUCAGGCCCGGCAGAAAGAAAUGAUUGUCGACAGCACCGACGUGGACGUGGCUAUGAGUUUCGGCACCGAGAAUGGCAGCCCUCACUGGAGCGACGACAAUCCGGCGAGUGCUGGGAUCCUGACUGGGUCAGCACUCACCGGAAUGGGUGAAUGUGGCGGCGGUAGUGGUGGCAGCGGCAUGGGUGGCCCCGCGGCUCUGCAUACCCUCCUUCCGCGCCCUGUCCGCAACGCCAUAUCUGACUAUAUCAACAUUUACUGGGAGCGUUUUCAUGUUUUGUACCCGUUUAUUCAUCGACCGACAUGCGGAGGGGAAGAAGUGUUGAGGUGCGCCAUGGCGGCCAUCGCGACACAAUACUUGAAUGGCAAAGAAGAUCGCAAACGGGGGAACCAACUGCAUGAAUGGGCCUGGCAGGAGGCAAAAAGGCACCCCUACCGCAACCUCCAAGUCAUGCAGGCAAUCCUGCUGUGCGAACACUUCGCUCGAUUCCGGGGCCGAAAGGCGGUAGUGCGGCCCUCGAAGCUGUUUACUGACCUCUAUGCGAGAAUUCUGGACCACAAUCCGAAUUUAUACGAUUCGGCACUGUCCUCAGAUACUCCCAGUUUCGGGAACCACCAGCAAAAUAUGGGCAUCUGCAUGGCCAAGGAGGAGCGGUGGCGCACUUGGCUCGAGGCAGAGGGACGCCGUCGAUUGCUGGCUUCAUGCUUUACUCUGGACUGUCACGCAUCGACGUACCAUCAAGUCUCUCGUGCCAAAGACGACAUCGACCCGACUAGGAUCCCCCUAACAGGCCCCAGCGAAUCUCUCUGGGCCGCCACCUCCGCUGAGCAGUGGGCCACCAUUCUGGACGCCCACCCCCAACUCGGCAAUCCGCAAUUCCUUCCCAAUAUAGACUCCCUGAGACCCGAAGAUAUUCCCAGAUUCACCAUUUUCGAUCAGGCAUCCAUUCUCAGCGCUGCGGCGCUCAUGUUGCCCCGCCGCUACCUGGCGUCGCGCUCUACAGCUGUCAAGAACGACGACGAGGGCUCGGGUUCGUCAGACGACCUACGCACACCCACCACUGCUUCCUACGCAGCACAACAGCUGAAGAGACUCAAGCCUGAGGACAGGGUCCUGCAGCUCUGCUCACGGGUUGGAUUCCAUUAUGCUCCCUGGACGGCCGUCAAUGUCUUCCUCGCACUGCAUCACACUCCCUUGCAUGACCUGCUUGCGGUCAGCGGCGACAGCUGGGUAUUCAGCCAGAAAGUCCUCGGCGCGACGACAUUCCUCGAGCACCAGAAGCGCCUGAAGGCGUGGACCGAAGGUCGCUCUCCACCGUCGCCCACAUCUGGCCAGCCGACCUCCCCAACUACCAUCGGUUUCGAGGGCAUGUCUUCGGCUAAGGCAACUCUCUACGCUGCCCGUGCGCUAGCAUCAUUCCUAGAACGGCCAAUUUCCCUUUCCAACGGUCUGACACCGCACGUAACUUGUCUCUCCAACUACUGGGCCAUGUACGUGUGCGCUUUGAUCAUUUGGGCCUUUGGGAACAGGGCCGGCAAGUCCUCUUUUUCCAGCAGCAGCGGCAGUGGCAUCAGCAGUUCACCCACAAGCAAGGGUGCGACGAUGAGCGAGGAGGAUGCUGUCGCCUGGCUGCAGACUGUGGCGCAGCUGGAUCAGCCAGAGGACGUCGCCCGCAUGAGGCAGCGCAAAGAAGCGAGUGCGACCGUGGUGUCGAUGGUUAAACGGCGUCUUGAGGCAGACUGCGGGGGUGGCACGAGCCGGCUUUUCGUGGAGGCUGUGGGAAUCUUGAGGAAGCUAGAGGAGGGCGUCACCCGUAGGUGGUUCUAA